GUGGAAAGCGAGAAAAGUUCCUACUCCAGCCAACACCUCGGAGUAUCGCCAAGUAAGUGAUUGAUUUUGUCUACUUCUUUGACCAAAACUAAUUAUCUCCUAGAAUGCCUCCUCGCGCUCUUUCCAAGACCUCCCGUGUCCCCCGUAGACCCUUCGAGUCUGCCCGACUUGAUGCUGAGUUGAAGCAGGUCGGCGAGUACGGUCUCCGCAACAAGCGUGAGAUCUGGCGCGUCGGACUGACCCUCUCCAAGAUUCGUCGUGCUGCUCGUGAGCUUCUUACCCUCGACGAGAAGGACCCCAAGCGUCUCUUCGAAGGCAAUGCCCUCAUUCGCCGUCUCGUUCGUGUCGGUGUCCUCGACGAGUCCCGCAUGAAGCUCGAUUACGUCUUGGCCCUCAAAAUUGAGGAUUUCUUGGAGCGCCGCCUCCAGACUUGCGUCUACAAGCUCGGCCUCGCCAAGUCUAUCCACCACGCCCGUGUCCUGAUCCGCCAGCGUCACAUCCGUGUUGGCAAGCAGAUCGUCAACGUUCCUUCUUUCAUCGUCCGUCUCGACUCCCAGAAGCACAUUGACUUUGCUCUGAACUCUCCCUUCGGCAGCGGCCGCCCUGGCCGUGUCCGAAGAAAGAAGGCCAAGGCCGCCGCCGAGGCUGAGGGUGAUGCCGAGGAGGACGAGGAGUAAAUUUGACUGAAACUCGACACACGACCUUUCCUUUCGCAAUUACUGGAAUAUGAAUGCGUUAUGCAAAUAGGAGUACGAUUUCUAGUCAUAGCUACGGGCGUUGCUUAGGAUUAAAAAAUGGAAAUGAAAGUUUAAAACAUG